AUGGCACUUACAGUCCGCAUGUGCGCCACAAACUCCUCACGUGGUGCUGGCCCCGCGGUACAUGGUGCUAUUAUGCGUCGUGGCUUCGGGGCCGAUGCGCAUGUCCAGAGCGGAUUGAUUCACAUGGAUGCUGAAUUGGGUUCCUUCGGCCCCGCCCGACUGCUCUUUUUGGAGAUCGCCCAUCUGGAUUUGGUGACCCAGAUAGCGAUGGUGGGUGCCUGUGCAGGAUCUGGGGAUAUUGAAUUCACAAGGGAGUUGUUUGAUGAAAUGCCGCACAGAGACCCCAUAGCGUGGAACGCAAUGAUCAUGGGGUAUGCUCACCUCGGGAAGUCGAGGGAGGCCCUGCAUUUGUUCAAUUUGAUGCAAUUGGAGGGCGUGACGGUCAACGAGGCAACGUUAGUUUCGGUCCUUUCGGUGUGCGCACACUUGGGGGCUUUGGAUCAGGGCAGGUGGGCUCACAUCUACAUAGAGAGAAAUAGACUCCAAAUGACAGUGACUCUGGGUACUGCACUCAUAGACAUGUACUCAAAGUGUGGCCACAUGACCAGAGCUAAGGAAGUCUUUUGGGGGAUGAGAGAGAGGAAUGUCUAUACGUGGAGCAGUGUCAUGAGUGGAUUAGCCAUGAAUGGUGCUGGCGAGAGAUGUCUCGAGAUAUUCUCUCUAAUGCAAGAAGAAGGAAUUUUGCCGAAUGAAAUCACUUUCAUCUAUAUUCUUCAUGGCUGCAGUGUGGCUGGACGCGUUGACAAGGGCUGUGAACACUUUGACUCGAUGAGCCGCGUGUACAGAUUCGAACCCAGGCUUGAGCACUACGGGUGCAUGGUUGACUUGUACGGUCGAGCUGGACGGUUAACUGAAGCGGUCGACUUCAUCAACAACAUGCCUGUCAAGCCUCAUGUGGGUGCAUGGGGGGAUUUGCUCAAUGCUUGUAGAAUUCAUAGGAAUCUUGAAUUGGGUGAAUUUGCAUUGAGUAAGAUUGUUGAGUUAGAGCGCGGAAAUGACAGAGCGUAUGUACUUCUUUCAAAUUCGUAUGCUGAUACUAGGAAUUGGGAUGGAGUCAGCAAUGUGAGGAAGCUGAUGAAGGUGAAUGGAGUGAGGAAAGAGCCUGAGUGUAGUGUUAUAGAGGUUGGCGGUGAGAUUCAUGAGUUCUUGGUGGGGAAUAAAACACACCUAAGAUAUGGAGAGAUUGAGAUGAUGUUGGGAGAGAUGUAUAGGAAGUUGAGGUUGGCUGGGUAUGUGGCCAAUACAGAGCAAGUCCUGUUUGAUAUAGAAGAAGAGGAGAAGGAGGAUGCUUUGUAUAGGCAUAGUGAGAAGGUAGCCAUUGCAUUUGGGUUGGUUAGUUUGGAUGAAGGUGUGGCCAUAAGGAUUGUGAAGAACCUUAGGGUGUGCAGGGAUUGCCAUGAUGCUACAAAGAUGAUUUCAAAGGUUUUCAAUAGGGAGAUUGUUGUGAGGGAUAGGAAUAGGUUUCACCAUUUUAAGGAUGGGGAGUGUUUUUGUAUAGAUUAUUGGUGAUAGGGUGUUCAAUUUUAUUAUAAUACCAUUUUUUACCAUUUAUUCUUUGAA